GCGGUGAGUGGUCGUCGUGGGGUUCGAUCGUACGAUCGGCCAGCUAGUUUCUAGACCGCUGGCGGACAGUCGACGGAGUUCUACAUCGUCAUGAGUUCCGACGAUACGGUGCAAGUGGUGAUACCGCUUGUGAAGAGCAUAACCAACCUGACCUUCCGGAACAUCUCCUGCAGCGUUACGCAACCUCCGGCCCUAGGGGCAGCAGACGGAAGGAAACAGGUUCUUCGAAACAUUUCCGGAACCCUUAAGUCGGGAAGAUUGACCGCGAUCAUAGGCCCACCCGGGGCGGGUAAAUCGACCCUUCUGAACAUACUCAGUGGUCUUAGAACACAGGCGGUGAGUGGUAAAAUACUCAUCAACAACGAGAUAGUCGAUUGCCAUAAGUACCGCCAACUGGUGGCCUGCGUCGCGCCGGAUGUUCCGCUGCUAGCAAAUCUCACGGUGCGUGAGACCCUGCAUUAUGCGGCCGAUUUGAAGUUAUCGAAGAAUGUGUCCUACAUCCACAAAACGAAGAUCGUGAACGAUAUCGUGGCGCUGUUGGGGUUGGACAGUUGCUCGCACAGUCUGAAGCGAGUACUGUCCAGAGGCGAGAGGAAACGGCUUUCGAUUGGACUGGAGCUCGUGUCGAAUCCGAAGAUCAUGUUCUUCAAUGCACCGACCCACGGGCUGGACGCUAGGGUUGGAUUCCAGGUGACCGCCUGCAUGAAAGAUCUCGCUCGGCAAGGUCGGUGCGUGGCCAGCGUUAUCCACCAACCGAGCUCGGAGAUGCUCGAGCUGUUUGACGAUGUGUACGUUAUGGUCGAUGGCCGCUGCAUGUACCAGGGAUCGCUGAACGAACUGAUACCUACGCUGGAAGAAGUAGGCUUCACCUGUCCGCCAUACUUCAAUCGGGCCGAUUUCGUGCUCAAGAUUGCUUCCCAACGUGAUGCCGAUACGGAUAGUGUGGAGAAAUUGAUUGCCCGGGCGGAUACGGCCAUCAAUGGAUACCUGGAGCACGAUACACCGAACGGCGAGGAAGGAUCGAGUGUUUUGGCGGUGAGUAGGAGAACCACUUGUAUCAAGUAUCCCAUCUCCUGGUGGCGUCAGUUUGUGGUGUUGACGCGCCGCACAACGCUGGGCACGGUGCGGGAUGCCACCCUCACUAGCUUUCGCUUCCUAAGUCAUCUAUUGGCGGGGCUCGCGAUCGGGAGCAUCUAUUACGACGUGGCUGACCAUGGUGCUAGCGCGCUCUCGAACGUGUCCUGCCUCAUGCUGCUUCUCGCGUUCAUCGUGUUUACGAACGCCAUGACGUUGGUUCGGACAUUCCCACUGGAGCUGGCCGUGUUCAGGCGCGAGCACCAGAGCUGCUACUACCCGGUGUCGGCGUACUACUGCGCAAAGAUCAUCGCCGACUUUCCACUAAUGCUCGUGGGGGUCACGUGUUUGCAGCUGAUCGUGUACUAUCUCACGGGUCAACCGAACGAAACCGAUCGCGUGGUAAUGUUCUGGGGUAUCUGCGCACUGUUCGGUUGGCUCUCGCAGGCGUACGGUAUGCUCGCAGGAAGUAUGUUAGCCGUCGGCGACAGCGGUUCAUACCUAGUGCCUGUGUCCAUCGUCCCAGCUGCACUGUUUUCGGGGUACUUCGUGCGCUACGGUGAACUGUUGACCGUCUAUAGGCCACUGACGCACGCUAGCUACUUCCGGUACGGCUUCGAAGGCCUUGUGCAGGCCGCUUACGGUAUGAACCGCACCGAGCUAAGGUGCAGCGAUACGGCCACAUGCAUCCACCGCGAACCUGGUGCGGUGAUAGAAAUGCUACAGUUCGAAAACGACCGCUACUUGUAUGAUGUGAUCGGACUGGCUGUCUGGAUAGUUGCUCUACACGUUUUGCUCUACAUACGGCUUCGAGUGUGCCUACGGCGGAACCGGUAGACGAGCCAUUACUCCAACGCAAUAAACUAACAUCCCAUUAGCAGCGUGA